AUGGCGGAAAUCGACGAAGCCUGCAAACGGAUCAAACGUGAGAUUGACGAUCUCGGCCCUGAUGUUGGCGACAUCAAAAUCAUCCCGCUCUACUCCACGCUGCCACCACAGCAACAGCAGAGGAUCUUCGAGCCGCCUCCUCCCCGCAAACCCAGCGGAGCCAUCGGCAGAAAGGUUGUGGUUUCUACAAACAUCGCUGAGACGUCCCUGACCAUCGAUGGCGUGGUGUUUGUAAUUGAUCCUGGCUUUGCCAAGCAAAAGGUGUAUAACCCUCGCAUUCGAGUCGAGUCGCUGCUCGUAACGGCUAUUAGUAAGGCUUCGGCCCAGCAGAGAGCCGGCCGUGCUGGACGUACGCGCCCAGGAAAGUGCUUCCGGCUCUACACCGAGAAGGCCUACAAGACUGAGAUGCAGGACAACACAUACCCUGAGAUUCUCAGGUCGAAUUUGGGCUCUGUGGUGCUACAGCUCAAGAAGCUUGGUAUCGAUGACCUAGUGCACUUUGACUUCAUGGACCCACCAGCUCCUGAAACCCUGAUGCGAGCCCUGGAGCUGUUAAACUAUCUCGCGGCGCUGAAUGACGACGGUGACCUGACGGAGCUGGGCUCCAUGAUGGCUGAGUUCCCUCUCGACCCCCAGCUGGCCAAGAUGGUCAUCGCCAGCUGCGACUUCAACUGCUCCAAUGAGAUCCUGUCCAUCACCGCGAUGCUAUCAGUCCCUGCUUGCUUUGUGCGGCCCACGGAAGCUAAGAAGGCAGCCGACGAGUCCAAAAUGAGGUUCGCCCACAUCGACGGGGACCACCUGACCUUGCUCAACGUCUACCAUGCCUUCAAACAAAACCACGAGUCGGUGCAGUGGUGCUAUGAUAACUUUGUUAACUACCGCUCGCUGAUGUCGGCUGAUAACGUGCGGCAGCAGCUCUCACGCAUCAUGGACCGCUUCAGCCUGCCGCGACGCAGCACAGAGUUCACCAGCCGAGACUAUUACAUCAACAUCCGCCGCGCUCUCGUCACAGGCUUCUUCAUGCAGGUUGCUCACCUGGAGCGCACCGGCCACUAUCUCACAGUGAAGGACAACCAGGUGGUCCAGUUGCACCCUUCCACCGUACUGGACCACAAGCCCGAGUGGGUUCUCUAUAACGAGUUUGUGCUGACAACCAAGAACUACAUCCGCACCUGCACUGAUAUCAAACCCGAAUGGCUGGUGAAAAUCGCUCCAGGAUACUACGAAAUGAGCAACUUCCCUCAAUGCGAGGCUAAGAGGCAACUGGAGCGCAUCGUCACUAAACUUCAAACUAAGGAGUACUCUCAAUACUGAACCUGCGCAGCGGUGGAAGGACUGUACGUUUUGAAUUCAAUAUGCGCUGUGCAAUGCUUCUGAAGUUGUACAUCGUCACACGUCGACAUUAGGUUUCCGUCUGUGUUUCGUUUUCUGUUUUGAUUUGUCAUCAAGAUACAAUUCUUUUUUUAUAACUCUUUGCUCCCGGCUCCGCCGUGUGUUUUGGCACCUGGUGAAAGCAUAUGGUUUAAUUGGUCACUCUAGGCACUAAGGAUUGGUUGGGAGCAAAUGCUUAACAGGGAUAAACACCAUCAACCGUUUUUGCAUGAGCAUUCAUGUGGAUGUUGACAUUCCUUAUCGACAUUGAGAACUUCCUGCUAUGUUAUUGAGUAGAAAAAUCCCUGUUUAUUCUGUGAAGGAGCUUUUACUUCGGUAAUAAAAGACCUUGAUAUCA